AGGAGAGGCAUCUCUAAAUUCUAUUGCGGAAAAUCAAAAUCAUUUGCUGUGCUGUCUGAUGCAAUGACCAAAGUAGCAUCCGCGAAGGAGCUCGGCAAGCCAGAGAAUGCUUACAGCAGAAAGAGGAAGAAACUCUUCUCCUUGGCUUGCAGGUGGGAGGCGGCAGAGUGUGAUCGGUCAGGCUGUUCAAAGCGGCGUGCCAAUUCGUCCGGCAAGGUUGAAGCAGCUCCGUGGGUUUCUCCGCUGGUUGAAACCGAGAGGAAAUCUUUUCCCGUGAGGUCCUUCUCACUGUUGGAUUUGGAGGGCAUAGAGAGUCUCAGUUCAUCCUCCUCCUCUCUGUCUUCCAUGGGUUAUGAGGAACAGAAAGAGUUCAGUUAGCCAGGGAUGUUUGGCUGCCAGUUAUUAAAUUUUUUUUUUUUCUUACCCGAGCUGGAGAGGAGCUUUUACAAAAAGCACCCUCGUUGGGAGAAUUUCCUGAAUUUGUAGGGGUUUUUUUGGUUAAUUUUGUGUGUAAAAUGAGAGUUGGGUUUGACUGACUGAAGCUCUGGAUUAACGAAAAAUGGUUUAUAAUACAAGCAGGAGAUUAGGAGUCUGCUUUUGUUCUUU